CUUUCUUCCCUCUCUCUACACAAACUCAAACCCCACCACAUCGCCCCUAAAACAAACACCCAAGAAAACCAAAAAAAUCCAAAACCAUGAGCCCCCAGCCCACCCCCUUUGAAGAAGGCGCCUUCCUGGCAGGCGGCCACAACAUCGACCCUCCCCUCCCACCAAAUGACCCAACAAUCGGGACAAAACUAAACCACUCGAUGCUCCGCAUCCGAGACCCGCAACGCUCUCUCCACUUCUACAUCACCCUCUUGGGCAUGCGCACCGUCUUCACCAUGAAUACCGGCCCCUUUACAAUGUACUACCUUGGCUUCCCGUCCAGCGCCGAAGACCGCGCCGACCUAUCCGCGUGGGCGGCGAAGGUUUCCGACCCGGCCAACCUCACCCAGACGCUGGGGUUGCUGGAGCUGUUCCAUAUCCAUGGGACGGAGAAGCCCGUGGAGAAGGGCGGUGUGGAGAUGACGAACGGGAACGCGCCGCCCAAUCUGGGGUUCGGGCAUCUGGGAUUCACGGUUCCCGAUGUGAAGGCUACUAUCGAGAGGUUGAGGGCCCAGGGCGUCAAGGUUGUUAAGGAGUUGGGAGUUACGACUAGGGAGAGUAUUCCCUUGAGUGACUGGGAGGAAAAGAGGGGUGUGGGGGUCGGCGAGAUUCAUCCCAAUUAUAAGGUGUUUUUUGAUCAGAUUGCUUAUGUUGCUGAUCCGGAUGGGUAUAUUAUUGAGAUUCUUCCGCAGAAUUGGCAGUGAGUAAGUGAGUGGGAGAGUGUUGAUGCUUCAAGGUAUUGCAUGUAGAUAUGCGAACAUAGAUAUAUAGAUAUAUCACAAAUACUAUAACCCUAGGGGAUAAA